GAGUACCAAAGAAAUAAUAACAAAGAAAAAACCUCAGAACUUAUCUCUAACCCAUUGGUUGAAGAAACUAUAUCAGCUUCUUUAUCCUCAACUCAAGGAAUGUGUAUAGAUAAACACCCUAAAAACUCUACUACAGAAGAGCAACAAGACAUUUCCAGGACUAAUGAAAAUAAUAGCACUCAUGGCAGUGUAUUAAAAAGAACAGAGGAUAUGAUUCCAAAUACUGAAAAUUCAAACAAGAGAAAAAAUUUGGAAACUCAGAAUGUGGACUUAACAAGCAAUUCUACUUCUAACAAAGAAACAGCACAAGAAGUAACUUCUUCCAUAGUUAUUAUCGAUAACAAUAACUAUGAACUGCAAGAACUUAACCAUUCAGAAGAAGAAUACAUAACUGCUACAAAUAAAAGAAAAAAAGAUAAAAAGAAAGUAUCUGCACAAAAACAAGAAGAAACUAGAACUGCUUUUUACAAGAAAAAAACUCGUAAUGAGAGCCAAAGUAUGCAGAUCUAA